AGUUUCCUUAACAACAGACUUUGGCUUCCGUGGUCACUGUGAGUCGAUGCGACAACUAUUUUUUUCUUGAAUAUUAUGCAAUAAUUAACCAUUUACUUGAGGAGGAAUGCCAGUGAAGUCGACCAAAACGAAAGGGGGUUCCACCCAAGGUGGAAGCCAAGCAGGUGGAGCCAGUACCCUAAAGGUUAAUAAAGCCAGAGCACCAGCGAAGGGCAAAAAGGAUGAUGACGACGCCACAGAGGCGGGAGAACAUGGCGGUGAGGAGUGGAUGCAGACAAAGUCUUUGAUAAAGCCCGAUGAUCAGCUGGAGUUGAAUGAACUGGAGCUGAAGGAAGAAUUCACCAGGAUCCUAACUGCCAACAAUCCUCAUGCUCCACAGAAUAUCGUCAGAUACAGCUUCAAGGAUUGUUCCUUUAAGCAAACAUCCCACGUUGACCAACUGGCCAUCCAUUUCUCGCUUGAUGGUAACAUGAUCCACAAGGAUUCCGAUGAAGCCAGGAGACAACAGCAAAGACAUAAUGCUUCUGAAGCUAUCAGUGAACAGGCGAUUAGCGAAGCUGGAGAGGAGAAGAAGGAGGAGGAUGGUGAUCAGAAGACAGAAGAGGGUGAUAAACAAGAGGAAGGUUCGGAGCCCAAGGAAGGUGAGAAGAGGGACGAGGAGGCCACACCUGCUCCCGGCGAGGCCAAGUCAGAUCAGAAACUGACCAAUCAGUUUAACUUCAGUGAGAGGGCCUCACAAACAUACAACAACCCAUACAGGGAAAGAGGAACACAGACUGAGCCGCCACCCCGGGCUAACUUCUCAUCCACCGCUAACCAAUGGGAGAUAUAUGAUGCAUAUAUGGAUGAUCUUGAGAAGCAGGAGAAGGCCAAGGAGAAGAAGGCCGCACCAACCAAGAAAGAUGAGGAUAAGAAUAAGAAGAAGCUGACAGCACUUGAGACCCAAUCAGACGAUAUGAGUCGCAUUGCUGGGGCUUGUAAGAUCAUUGAGAGGAUGGUGAAUCAGAACACUUUUGAUGAUGUUUCACAAGAUUUCAAGUACUAUGAGGACCUUUCCGAUGAGUUCCGAGACCAAGAAGGAACUCUUUUGCCCCUCUGGAAGUUCUCCUAUGACAAGUCCAAGCGCUUGGCCGUCACUUCAGUAUGCUGGAAUCCUAAGUAUAAGGAUAUGUUUGUCGUAGCCCAUGGAUCAUACGACUUCAUGAAGCAGUCUCGUGGCAUGAUCCUAUGCUACACCCUCAAGAACCCGUCAUUCCCCGAGUACAUCUACCCUGCUGAUAGUGGCAUCAUGUGUCUGGAUAUCCAUCCUGAACACCCGUACCUGAUCUGCGUUGGCUACUACGAUGGUUCGGUUGGAGUCUACAAUGUGACAACUACAGAUGCCAACCCUGUCUUUCAAAGCACAGCCAAGACUGGAAAGCACACGGAUCCAGUUUGGCAGGUGGCCUGGCAGAAGGACGAUUUGGACAACAAUCUCAACUUCUUCUCUGUAUCAUCUGAUGGUCGAGUGGUCGCUUGGACAUUAGUCAAGAAUGAAUUGACGUACACUGACGUGAUUCAGCUACAGCUUGAUGCCGCUCCUCAAGAUGGACCUGAAGGCACACAGCUUACACCUCUUGGUUGUGGUACAUGCUUUGACUUCCACAAGCAGACGGACUACUUAUUCCUCGUGGGCACGGAGGAAGGCAAAAUCCACAAGUGCUCGAAGGCCUAUUCCAGUCAAUUCCUGGACACCUUCGAGGCCCACCACAUGGCCGUCUACAAGGUGAUGUGGAAUCCCUUCCAUCCCAAGAUCUUCAUCUCCUGCAGUGCCGACUGGAGCGUCAAGAUCUGGGACCACACUUACAGAAACGGCCCGAUGUUCACCUUUGACCUUGGAAGUGCAGUGGGUGACGUCGCCUGGGCGCCAUAUUCCUCCACAGUCUUUGCAGCAGUUACGGCAGAUGGCAAGGUCCAUGUCUUUGACCUCAAUCUCAAUAAAUACGAGCCGAUCUGCGAGCAGGCGGUGGUCCAGAAGAAGAAGACCAAGCUGACUCACAUCACCUUCAACCCCAACUUCCCCAUCGUGCUGGUGGGCGACGACCGGGGCUACGUCUCCAGUCUCAAGCUCUCGCCCAACCUCAGGAAGGUUCCCAAGGACAAGAAAGGUGCCGUCCUCAACCACGGCCCCGAGGCCGAGAUCGCCAAGAUGGACAAGCUUCUGGCUCUGGUCCGAGAGCCACCCAAGGAUAACAAAAGCUAAGAGGACACCUCGAGCAAUUUAAUGACUGGGUACAAUAAAACGGGGCACUUGUCUGGCCAAACCUUACUUUAAAUUAUAGAUUACAUCACAAAUUUAUCCUUUCACAGUUUAUUAUUGAUAGGUAGAUUUGAGACAGUUUGAGGAAUAUACAUGAAUAAUUCAAUGUUAUCGACAUAGUUAAUGUUCUCCAUAUAUUUAGAUUUUGUAACACUGGAAAAUGUUUCAUGAAGCAAUUUGUCAGAAAUUUUCUGUCAUCUGUUAUAAGUUACUGAGAUCCUAGCUUUUGAUUGGCUAUUAAAGAGCAAAUUGGGACAGUAGAUAUCACUGACAAGCUGCUUCAUGGAAAGCUUCCCAGUGUCACCAUUGGGACACAAUAGCAGACUUCUGUCUGGUUUUAUUAGAUCCAUCCAAAGGGGAUUGAAACUGGAGCUUGUUAGUAAACACCUUGGCCCAUCUUCUCUGAAGUCAAGUUUAACUUAGACCAUGGUCUAAUUCUGUGCUAAAGUUAUGGAAAGCCAAAAAUGUCAAAAUUUUACUUAACAUUGUAUGUUUUUUUAAUGUUUACUGUGCUCUUCAUUAAUUCGUGAAUGGUGAAGAAAACUAUCUUAUUUAUCCUUCUGAAACAGUUUAGAAUGAUUUGAGAGAAAAAUAAGCUGAUUCUGUACAUUGAAAUUCUACUGUAAGAGAUUAAUGGCUAUCCAUAGUUAAACCACAACUUAAACCAGAGUUUGAAUUAAACCCAACUUCAGAAUCCUGGCCCAUUAGUACAAGUUUGGUUAUUUCCCAUGUUGCAAUCUGAAGCCUAUUCUAUGUCUUUGGCUCUUUUAUGAGAAACACUAUGAAAUCACCACUCAAUGUGAUUGUCAGUGAGAGAAUGGAUUAAAAUACUAACAUGUCACAAUUUAUUUGACAAAACAUUUCUUCUACUCCACCAUUAUCUUGAAAUUCAUGAUCUUACAAUACUUUGAUUCAAUUUUUACCAAAAUUAUAAUUUUUUUUAGUGAAAAGAAUUUACGAUGCCUCUGUUUUUCAACUUCCAUCUUUUUUUUUCUAAUUUCUAUACAAAGGAAACAUGCGGCCUUUCUCAGUCUUUCACUUUGACUGAAAAUUUGUUGUACAUAUGUAUAUUUCUAAAGUGUGUAUGAAUAUGAAGGAAAAGGUUACAUUGUUCACUUUUUACUCAUUACAUUUUAUUUAUUCAUUUUUUUUUUCAAAACUACUGAAGAUGUGCACAUUUCCCAUGUUUGUAAUUCUUUAUUUUUCUUAGACAAAUUAGAAACAACUACCGGUGAUUUCUUUUUUUCAUUCUCACAUGCAGAAUAAUUAUCUGUGGUUAAACACAUAACAUUUUUGGCAUGAAUGUAUUUAUUUUCAUCAAAGUCUAUUGAAACACACCAUUGAUAAAGAUAUUUAUAUUCGUAAUUCAUAUUUAGCCUUACUAUUCCUUACAGUCUGAUAUAUUUCUUCAAGAUCCUGUAAUAAAACAUUUAUUUGAGAAUGCAUUAUUGUACUCAAAAUUGUAUUCAUGAUACUAAUUUUAUGUCAUAUUGAAUUUGAAAAUAAAUGCUGACAAAAUAUGAAA